AUGUCUGAAGCGCACACUAUCUACUAUAGCCCGGCCCUUGCCCGCGGCUCCGACGGAACGACGUACGACCAGCAGUCGAUCGAGCUGGCCAUCUCCACGGCCCUGGAGCUGCUUAAGGCCGGAGCCCAGGUUGGGGAGGGCAAGUAUCCGCAUGCGUAUAAGACGUACCCAUACUUCCACGUUGAACAUGCCGUGACACCCAUUUUUGAGUUCCCCGUUCUCAAGGAGCAAGCCUACGACGGCAAGGCUAGUGCAGGGAUUGACCGUGUGGUCUUCGGCUCUGUCUCCAAGGACUACCUUUCGGCCAACUACAUUGGCAUCGUUGGGUCCAAGGACGGCAGCGUUCGCUACCUCCACAACGACCUGUCGCUCAAUGGCAAGACUGGUGUGGGUGAGCCGUUUACGGCGCAGGAACUGGCUGAGUUUGGUGGUAAGCAGGUCCUUUCGCCGCCGGCUGAUGCCGAUACUAUUGGCAGCGGCGACGUGAAGGUCCAUUAUCAUAACUAG